GCAACCAAACUUUCAAGAUCUCUUUGAGUCAUUUUUCAUAUUAAUAAUCAUCUGAGAAUGAGGAGUGCAUUUUUUCUGCUGGCUCUUCUGAUUGGUUCUCAUACCUUUCAUAUUAAGGAAAAGCCAAACUCUAAAAAUCAUCAAGACAUCACAAAAUUGGCAAUUUUACGUGCUACUGCAAAGCUCUGCGAGACCAUUGAAGGCUUCAAAAAGCCAGAACCACUGAAUGCAGAGACACUGGCAAAGGCCUGCAAAAAAGAUGCAUUUAAAAGUAAUUUUGAAACAGGCAUAAAAAUUAUCACCUAUUACAACGUAAAAACAGACAUUGACCAUCCUUUUAGUGAGAAACAUCAUUUUGACAGCGAGACAUUUCUAGACGGUAAAGCCCUCAUCAUCAAGGGAAUAGAGGAAAUAACAGCUCAAGUGAAAAAGGAGAAAUUUGAAGAUGCAAGAAAGACACUUGGGGCAAUCCUGCAUACUUUACAGGAUUUCUACAGUCACAGUAACUGGAUAGAGAUGGGAAACACUGAACCCUGUACUGCCCUGAUCAAUUUAGAAGAGAACAUACCCAACCCUGCAGAGGCAAACAUGGAAACAUGUGAAAGUAACAUUCCUGAUACGAACACUGGGGCAAAAAUUAAGGAUAACAUUUUAAACAACAAGAUUCUGACUUCAGGAUACUUUGGAAAAAGCAAAAAAAAGGGAAAGUGCAGCCAUGGAGGUACUUUAGACCUCUCAACUGGCAUUGGGAGAAGCUGGGAUGGUAUCAAUAAAGACGCCAUUGAUUCCAGUCAUGGUUUACUGCAUAAUAAAGCUGCAGACAUUGCCAUUGCUGCCAGUGUGCAGCUGCUGGAGAAGAUCUGGAAGAAUAAUGAUAACGACAACUUUCUCAGGCUCAUGGGGCUUUAUAAGGAAAAGCCAAAGGGUGAAUGGAAAACUCACUUAUCUCUCUUUAGCUCCAAAUCAAGAGUUUCAGAUGCAAAUGACAAAUCAACUGAAAAUAUAGAAGUUUAAUGACACUGCAUGGGCAAAACCCCAAAAUUAUGUAAUCAAAUCUCUGUCACUUCCUGUAUUUCUCUUACUUCUCAUAUGAAGAUAUUGCAAUAAAAUAUGCUUAA